CGCGUUAGGGUAUUCACGGGGCGUCAUCUCUGUUGUCCGUAUCUAGCCCGUGGAUAGAGAACCAUGACGUCUGACGGAGAAGGGCUCAAAUCUAUCUUGAGAACGCGUGGUGCGAAUGCGGAUGGCGAACGGACUUCGGCGGACCACUACUCCAGCUCAGCAAUGAACCGUCUACAGGAUCUGAACCCAAGCGAAUCAACGAGCAAGUUCAAGCGAAACCAAAGCAUCAAGCACGCCGUAAUAUUCAUGCUAUGCGUGGUGGGACUUCUACUGAUCUUUCUGGCCAUGAUGACGCCACGUAAGACCCUCUUGACUCGAAGUUCUCCCUGCGAAACAGAUUCCUGCCAGCGAUACCUUCAAUGGCUGCGAGACUCCCGUAAUCUUUCUGCGGACCCUUGCCAGGACUUCUACGAAUACGUUUGCGGAUUGUGGCAGCCUCGCAGCUCUAUAGCUCGUAGCGUUCUGCAGGACAGUCGGGAAGAUCUAAAGGCAGCGAUUGUCAAGCAAGCCCUUCUAACAAAGGCUUCGCAAGGUUCGCAAAUUCCUCAGCAGAAAGCUGUUAAUUUCUUCGAAAGCUGCGACAUUACGCCUGCUGGUGAUGCAGAGACGUUUGGGUCGUUUCUGAAGGAGCUGAAGCUUCCAUGGCCUGCAACUCACCCGGAUGUAAAUGCUCUUGAUAUCUUGAUGGAGCUGUCCGUACGCUGGAACUUCCCGGUACUGUUCAACGUCUUUGUGAGGACGGAUGCAACUAGGUCCGUGGUCUUCCAAACCAGCUUCUUGGAGUUCGAUGCGGUAGAGUAUCUUCAUAAUGCGGAUCCAUGGACAACGCUGAGGAAAGUGGAAUUCCUGACUCCUCCGAACAAGGAUGUUAUUGCCAAGUUGGCUGCAAUCCUGUCGAAGAAAACUCCGGACGAAGGGUUCUCAGAACGCAUGGAGCAAAUCCAGCGGAGAGUCAGUCUCGUAUUACUCAAUGCAACACAAACGAAGCGCUCUGAAGGGGAAAAAUAUACCAGCGUGACGCAAUUUUCCAAUACAAAUACGCCAAAGAUUGAGAGGACCACGUGGGUGAAGAUGGUUAACAAGGGGCUGGAUAUCAAGCUCUCAAUCACCCAUUUCGACCCAGUUUUAGUGGACAGAAAGGGCUAUAUGCGUGCCAUUGGCGAGCUUUUGGAUAGCACACCAAACGAUGACCUUCUACUUUACACUGGUCUCGUAGUUGUCAUGUGCCUGGGCAGAUUCGUCAACAAAGACAUAGGGAGCUUACUUUACGGCCACGACCAGCAGCGACAACAAGAGGAAGAUUGCUUUGUGAUAACAGAAGGAUUUAUGACAUACGCCUGGACGUAUCCCGAGAUUGAAAGGCUUCUUGAAGGACAAAGAGAACAAAAAGCAAAGGAGAUUGCAACAAAUGUACGGCAGUCACUGAGUGACUCAUUGAAGAGCGCUUUUUGGAUGGAUUCCAUAACUGAACAUGAGGCACUACGCAAAUUACAAAGUAUCUAUGUAUCCUGGAAAUCGACCCCGAAGGAUGAUUGGGUUACCGCCUACAUGGAUCUUCCCAUGAUGGGGAGCUCCUUUCUGUACAACUUGGCGAAUAUAUCUCAGGCUGUCCGAACACGAGUAUCAGACAACGCGGAUGACUAUAGACCACUGGGCAGCGAAGUAGCGGCUCAGUACCGGCCACAUAUAGUGCGGAUUUCGCCAUUAUUGCUCACCAAAGACCUGUUUCCGGACGCUGCAUACGACAGCAUUUAUUACGGAGGUUUAGGAUCCGAAAUGACCAGACAGAUGUUGGCAGCCUACGACGUUUUCGGCCGUGAAUUUGAUAGCCGAGGCAUAGAGCGUGACUGGUGGACACCCCACUCGAGGAAACUUCAUGACAACAUAACGCAGUGUCUAGCUGGCAGUCUUGAGAAGAAGGGGAGUUCUGCAGCACUAACCCAAGAGCAGAUGGCAGCAGCUUAUGUCGACGCAGCGCAACUAAAGCCACUUCUUGGGGCACUAGUGAUGAGUCCUGGCUAUCCUGACUGGAGUACCGGUUUCGAACACUACACGGCCCCGCAGUUGUUCUUCCUCUCAUUCUGCUUUGCCUCCUGCGGUGACGGCCACUGUAACGCAAUCCUGUCGCAAUCGCCGGCUUUCACAGAAGCUUUCUCCUGCUCUUCUGGGAGUGCAAUGAGACCUCUACAGAGAUGCGACAUCUGGUAAAGAAACGGAAUUUGCUCGCUCAACCAUUACCCCGUUGGAGAAAUCACCCAUGGGACAAUUAAACAUUCUUGCAGACGCAAUGUAACUGUAAACACUUAUCCUGCAUAGGAGAAAUCAUACUUUAAAAUGUGAUGUCAGAUUUUUACCUUGUAUCAGUAAACUCCUUAACUCAGA